CUUUAAACGAGUCAUCUUGUGUUUUUGCAAUGUGUUUUCAGGAAAUAGCUGCGACUGUUACAGUUCUUUAGAUGUCUCGUAUUUGUAAACCAGUGAACAUGUUAUGGAACCUCAAGCUUGGAGUUUUUAUAGUGGUCAGCAGCAGUGUCACGUGUCUCAUCCCGCUCAUUGUCUUUGUCAUGUCUGACACCAGCUGGACGCACAGUUUGCCACAGAGACUCACCCUCGAUAUCUUGCCCUACCUGCGGACUGUGUCACGUGACAGCCCACACGGCUGUCCGCCUACGUCGUCUGACCCCACGGCCUACGUCAUCACGCCCACGUACCAACGGCUGACGCAAGAAGCCGACUUGCUACGUCUGUGUUACACCCUCAUGCACGCGCCGCACGUCAGAUGGAUCAUCGUCGAGGACAGCGACAACAAAACGGAGCUGGUGUAUAGAAUGCUGCAUGAUUGUCACGAGACAGACAUCAUUCACCUGAACGUUAAAAGUCUUCCUCCAGGAAGGAAACCAGGCACCAACCAAACAUUGCCACGUCAUCGUGGUGUCAGUCAGCGGAACGAGGGGCUGGCCUGGCUCCGGAAGUGCGUGCUGCCCACGUCACGUGCAGGGGGCGUGUACUUCGCUGACGACGACAACACCUACGACGUCAGGGUCUUUGAUGUGGUUCGGAAAACAAACAACAUAUCCAUGUGGAGAGUUGGUUUUGCGGGAGGACUUUUGGUUGAAGGACCGGUCUGUUUAAAUGGAAAGGUGACAGGGUGGAGGACAUUCUGGGCCCCGAAGAGAAGGUACCCAGUAGACAUGGCGGCUUUUGCACUGGGCCUCGACCUUCUUGCUCAGUUUCCACAAGCAAACUUUAGCCAUGAGGUGAAGGCAGGACACCUGGAGACAGAGUUCUUAAGUUUAUUUAACAUCUCGACACUAGAGAUCACCACUGCUCCGGACGACAACUGCUCCACGGUUCUUGCAUGGCACACGAAGACAAGCAUCCCAAACAUUAAAGGUGAACAAGUGCUGGUCAAGAAAAACGCAGCAGAUCAAAAGAUGAAUCAAACAAAACAUCGUUGAACUUUGACCUGCUCGCUGCUGGUGACCUCGUCAGUUAUUGUAGUUCAGUAUGUGAGUCUGAUGGCUGGUGAAAACGUCAGCAAAAAAAGUUGGUAGGAGUGAGGGAUCGUCACCAUCAUGCUUUCUUCCUUCCUUGCAGCUCUACACUAGGUACAUCAUGAUGGACAUCUGUACAACCAGUAUGUCAAACACUAUAGAAGUCUGCAAAUAGACAAAAGAACUCAAACAUAUAAAUAGUAUUGCCCUUAUUCGUUUCACUCAUCGGUUUCUGCUGUGUAUCAGUCGGUGUCAGUCUUUUAAUAUACACAGUCUAGACAUUUAUUAUCAACUUUAUAAUACUUAUUUAUGAGCGAAUAUUUUAACAGCUCGUGCUCUUGUAUAGUUUUUCCCUGUGAACGAAUAUUUCAAUGUUUUAACUAAAUGUUAAUAUGUCUGAAAUCAGAUUUUUAAAAUCUUGUAAGGUCUGUAACAGAAUGUAAUUGUUGAGGAAUGGGUCUCAUCACAUCUAAAGGAAAUUAUCGAAUGAUAGGGUCCCAGGGAACAACUUGUCGUCUGCUGUGUAACUGAUCUGUACACAUACACUAAUACUGAGCAACAAAGGUUUCUCACUGCAAUUUAAAGAAAACCUCGUUUUUUGAAAAUACUCAUCAUUACAGAGAGUAGUAUAGUGUUUAUAAGAGAGAUAACAAUGUGGUAAUCGUAAGUAUAUUUUGUCAAACAGAAACUGAAGAAUAUUUUAUAAUUGAUGCUUAAUAAAUGAAACUGU